AUGUGUAUAUUUAGUGAAACUGUAAAGAUGGAACUUUAUGGGUCUCACGACCGGCGCUCCACAGCGACCAUGCUUCGCGUCAUCAGUUACUCACAGGACCGCGUGGUUAGAGCGCGUGUUUUAACUAACUGGUUAUCAUACAGUAAUGAACUAUUAAUAUUUAAGCCAUAUAAUAAUCAGACCUGGGUGCUACAAUUCGUGUCUGUGCUAACUUGGUCGUUUCGACAAUGUGUGGACAUAAAUUCUUAUUACGCUAGGAUAUCGAUUACUAAACUAUUUAUCUGGAGAGACAUGCCAACAUCGCUAUCAGUACGAGAGGAAUCAGCAGAGGCUUGUUACACGGUAUAA